AUGGCUUACUGUGCCAUUGUUGCCAAGAAUCCACUCUGGUUCCUCUCACGCGUUAAGAAAAACAUCAGUCGAAACGCUCUUGCCAUUGUCAUUGAUUUCCAAUUCUCUUCACCCAUUCAACCGUCCCUGAGUAAAGAUUCCCCACAAACCACACUCUUUCAUUCAAGUUUAGCCAUCGCUCGAGUCUCAUUGAGGUCCAACAGUCUAUCCUAUCCUGAACACCAUUCCCGCGCUUUUAUUUUCGGGGAUUGCUGCCUCCUUCAACAACUAUCUCGUCAACUAACACCCGAUCGCGCGCGCUCGUCUUAUCAACACCUAGUGGCUCUCCCUCUGCGUGUUUGCGGGUUUGAAGUCUUGCUCUACAUACCCCCCCCCCAACCCCCUACGGUUCCCUGGGCAGCGCUAUCGAAACUCUAUCAACGUCACCUACCCCCCCCGCCCCAAAGUCCUGGCUUAGCGCAACAUGUCUUCCGGAGGCAUCUUUGACAAAAACUGGGUCCCCCUUCAUUCCCCUACCGAACCGUAUACCCCUCCUCCCUCAAGGCCGACAGAGGAGGAGGAUCAUGGCUUCCAACCUUCCUGGGCCAUAGACCCCAUCACCCAAAAUGCGCCGGAUCAACCUACCCCCACAUCCACGGCGCCAAUGCGCCUUAAAUCCUUAUCUGGGCCCGCACCUGAGACUAACCCACCAGGCCUCGAAGUCGCUCAAAAAUCGACCCUCACCACUAACACUAAACCCCAAAUGUC